AUGGAGGAAGUCGAAGUGCUUCCGGAGGGCAAGCCGCCGGUGAAGCAGUGCAUGUGCAAGAAGACGCGCUGUCUGAAGCUGUACUGCGACUGCUUCGCGGCCGGGCAGUUCUGCUCUUCGGAAUGCGGGUGCGUGGGCUGCGUCAACCGCGAGCGCACCAGCACUCUGGUCAAGGCCGCGCGGAGCGCCAUCAAGAAGAGGAACCCCCUGGCGUUCCGAAGCAAGUUCGUCGCCACGGACGGUCAGGCGCGGGUGGAGCACAAGGUCGGCUGCAAGUGCAAGAACUCCCGGUGCCUCAAACGGUACUGCGAGUGCUUCGCCGCGGGCGUGCACUGCUCCGACGUCUGCAGGUGCAUCAACUGCCUGAACUGGAACAAGGCCGAGCGCGCGACCCCCCCCGGCUUCAGAGUCCCCCAGAAGCUCGGGGCGCCCCUCGGCGUCAAGAGCGCACCUGCAAAAGCGUUUGGCAGCAACCCGCGCCCCGCCGUCCAGCGCGGCCCGCCGCGCGAGAGCGACGUCGUCCGCAAGAUGCAGGCGCGCCAGCGCAAGUACUACGGCGAGUUCGGGUACGGCAAGGACAGCUUCGUCGACCCGAGCCACGUGGGCGCCGACGGCCGCCCCGCGCCCUCGCGGCGGAAGCUCCGCGCCGAGCGCGCGCUGCCGCCCGGGAGCCCGCCGCCGGCGCAGGCGUCGCGGCGCUUCGACGACGGCGCGCUGGACGAGGCUGCUGCUGCGCCGGCGCGCGGGGCGCGGGAGCUGGCCUUUGACGCGGAGGAGCCGGGCGAGGACGCGGACGUGGCGAUGGAGGGCGACGACGUGGCGACGGAGGGCGACGACGUGGCGAUGGAGGGCGAGGACGUGGACGAGGACGGCGACGAGGACGAGGACGAGGAGCUGGACGGCGACGGCGACGGCGACGGCGACGGUGACGGCGACGGCGACAGCGACGGCGGCGGCGACGGCGACGGCGGCGGUGGCGGUGGCGACGCGCAGCGGGGCAAGUCGUCGGGCGCGGGGAAGAAGGGUCGCAGGCGCGGGGUGAAGCAGCUAGGGUACAACUACGGCGGGCAGGGCCAGGCGUGGACGCCCGAGGAGGACGAGCUGCUCCUGAAGUACCAGCGCGUGUACGGCAACCGCUGGUCCGCGGUGUGCCGGCACAUCCCGGGGCGCACCGGGCAGCAGUGCGCGCAGCGCUGGCGGCACCGCGUGAACCCGGACAUCAAGCGCGAGCCGUGGGACACGGACGAGGACAACCAGCUGCUCGAGCUGGUGGAGGCGUACGGCGAGGCCAGGUGGGCCAUGGUGGCGCGCAAGAUGCCCGGGCGCACGGACCAGCAGUGCCGGUCGCGGUACCUCCAGGCGGUCAACCCCGCGCUGCAGAAACAGAGCCCGUGGACGGCGACCGUCGACAAGAGGCUCGUGGCAGCGUACGGCAAGCUCGGCGCGAACUGGACGGAGAUUUCGCGGCGCGUGGCGCGCAGCAUGGCGGCCUGCAAGGCGCGCGUGGAGCGGCUCCGCGCGCUCGCGGGGAACGACGACGAGAAGCUGUUCAGGCAGUACGACGUGACGCCCGGCGACGGGCGGCAGGAGCCCGCCGCGCCCCCGCCGCCGCCGCCGCCCGCGCGCACGCCCGCGAAGGCGGCGCAGACGGACGGGCCGCUCAUGGACCAGCCCGACUGGCGCGCCCUGGACGAGCUGCUCGCGGACCUGCAAGGCGGCGCGAGCGCGGCGCGGCUGCGAGAGACCCCCUACACGGAGUCGUACCACCAGCAGAACGGGUACGAGCCAGGGGACCUGGUGUGGGCCAACUCCCCCGGGUACGGACACUACCCGGGGCGCAUCGUGGACCCCGACGACCACCCGGACUUCCUCGAGCGCGGACGGCGGCGCCCGACCCAGCAGGGUUGGCGGCUGGUGGCGUUUUUCGACGACGACAUCCAGUGGGUGCACGUGGACAAGAUGUACGGCUUCCUGGCGCGCUGGACGGACUGGUCGGGCCUGCAGGACCACCCGUCGCGCCGGCCCAACUUCACUCGCUCGACCGACCGCGCGGUCAAGUGGUUCUUCCACCUCGUGCGCGCCCACGAGAUCCGCACGGGCGAGGAACUCGACAUUCCGCGCCCCUGA